AUGAAAGGAGAGAUAGAUUUGAUUAAAUUAUAUGGCGAGGAGUACCAUCGUCUACAACUGCUUCGACAUAUCGGAGACAUUUCCCAAAUUGCCGGUGUGAAGCAGUAUGAAUUAGCGAGCGGAUCGGAAAAGGGGGUGGCUGGUGUUGAUUUUCGGACCGGCUCCGGGUUAAAUUUUUCUGUCCUGCCGGACCGUGGGUUAGACAUCUCUUAUGCGGAAUACAACGGCAUUCCAUUAUGCUGGCGUUCCAGCACCGGCGAUGUCGCACCGACCUAUUAUGAACCGGAAGAGAAUGGUUGGCUGCGUGGAUUUUUUGGUGGGUUACUAACCACCUGCGGCAUGACGUACCUUGGCGAGCCGGAUACCGAUGGGGAAGAAUCGCUUGGCUUACACGGUCGUGUCUCUUAUACCCCUGCCCAAAAUGUAUGGAUCGAUAGCCGUUGGGAGGGAGAUCGGUAUAUCAUGUGGGUUCAAGGCAAGGUGACAGAAACAACGGUCUCCGGUGAAAACCUCUGUCGAACCCGUCGUAUUUGGACAGAACUUGGCUCAACAAAACUUCGUAUCGAAGAUAUUGUUGAGAAUCUUGGCUAUCAGGAUACACCGCACAUGUACCUAUUCCAUAUCAACCCCGGAUUUCCAAUCGUUGCUGAAGGUUCCGAGUUGAUUGUCCCUUCGUCGAAAGUUACCCCAAUAGAUGAACACUCGGCAGGAAAAUUGAGCGACCAUGCGCGGUGCGAAGCACCUACUGUCGGUUUUCAUGAAGAAGUGUAUUACCAUGAGAUGGAAGCGGAUGAGGAUAACCAUAUCUAUGUUGCUCUGGUCAAUCGGUCCUUCAACAAUGGACAAGGGCUUGGGCUGUACGUGAGAUACCACAAAACGCAGCUUCCCAAAUUCGUUCAGUGGAAAAUGAACGGUGAGGGCCUCUAUGUGAUUGGCUUGGAACCAGCAAACUGCUGGGUUGAUGGCAGAUCAAAGGAGAGAGAACGAGGGACGCUGGAAUUUCUGGAACCGGGUGGACGCAGACAUUACGAAGUUGAAAUCGGUGUUUUGACUUCUAACGCAGCAAUUGAGAGGCUAGCAGAAAAGAUUGAAGCGACAAAGAGGAAUAGCUGA